UUAUUGUGUUCCGUGUGACGUAGGCAACGAAGAACGAAAUGGCGUGAACGGUGUAAGAAGAAAUUCUACUUUCAGUUGUAAACAAUUUCAAUUCGACCGUUGAGUCGGAAUUUAUUUUCAAAACACGAGGCAUAGGUAAAUUUAGUAAGAGUGUCAAGGUAUCGAAAUGUCACAAUGAGCGUGGACGCGUAUGCCCCAAAUUCCCAAUCCUUGACUUUCCUCGAGACCGAGGAGGAUCUCAUUGGGGCCGACACUCAAGGAACCGAUUAUGACUAUACGGAUUUCACCUUACCAUCCCAGACCCAAUCACAGACCCAAGCUUCUCAACUUGAGCAUGGACAAAGUCAAAGUCAGGUGAAUGGCUCAGAGGCUCCCAUUCAAAAUGGACUGGAUAAAGGAGUGGCAUCGAUUGCACAGGGGGUGGGGGAGCUCAAUUUUGAGGAGGAGGAGGAAGAACAGUUUAUGAUGAAAGAUCUCCCCAAGCAUGCAUGCUCGUACUGCGGAAUCCAUGACCCGGCAUCGGUAGUGUUCUGUAACAGCACCAAGAAAUGGUUUUGUAAUGGGAGAGGCAACACUUCUGGAAGUCACAUCAUUAACCAUCUUGUAAGAGCAAAGGCGAAGGAAGUGACUCUGCAUAAAGAUGGCCCCCUGGGAGAGACUGUCCUUGAGUGCUAUAACUGUGGUUGUAGGAAUGUCUUCCUGUUGGGCUUCAUUCCUGCCAAGGCCGACUCUGUAGUGGUUCUCCUCUGUCGCCAGCCCUGUGCCACGCUAACCAAUCUGAAGGACAUGAACUGGGACCCCAGUCAGUGGCAGCCCCUGAUACAGGACAGGCAGUUUCUGUCAUGGCUUGUUAAGGUUCCAUCAGAUCAGGAACAGAUGAGGAGUCGACAGAUCUCAGCUCAGCAGAUCAACAAGCUGGAGGAGUUGUGGAAGGACAACCCAGAGGCCACGCUGGAGGAUCUAGAAAAGCCAGGGGUGGAUGAAGAACCUACCCAAGUGUUGUUAAGAUAUGACGAUGCCUACCAGUACCAGAACAUAUUUGGACCGCUGGUAAAGUUGGAGGCUGACUAUGACAAAAAACUGAAGGAAUCGCAGACUCAGGAUAACAUUGUAGUACGCUGGGAUGUGGGCCUGAACAAGAAGAGGAUCGCAUAUUUCCAUCUGCCAAAGGCUAAUGAUGAGAUGAAGUUGAUGCAUGGAGAUGAGUUGAGACUUCGUUACCAGGGUGAACUGCACAAGCCGUGGUCAGGAGUGGGACAUGUCAUUAAAAUUCCCGACAACCACAGUGAUGAAGUUGCCAUUGAAUUGAAAAGCAAUGCAGGAGUGCCCACUGAAUGCACCCACAACUUUGUGGUGGAUUUUGUGUGGAAGUCCACCUCAUUUGACAGGAUGCAGGCAGCCUUGAAGACUUUUGCUGUGGAUGAAACUUCUGUAUGGGGUUACAUCUAUCACAAGCUUCUGGGACAUGAAGUGGAGGAUGUUGUAAUUAAGUGUCAGCUACCCAAGAGAUUCAGUGUCCCUAACCUUCCCGAGCUUAACCACUCCCAGGUGUACGCAGUCAAGACUGUCCUUCAGCGACCUCUAAGUCUAAUUCAGGGUCCCCCAGGAACUGGUAAGACUGUGACCUCGGCUACCAUUGUGUAUCACCUGGCUAAACAGAACAACGGACAAGUACUGGUCUGUGCUCCCUCCAACAUUGCAGUGGACCAACUGACUGAGAAGAUUCACAAAACAGGAUUGAAGGUGGUACGUUUAUGUGCUAAGAGCAGAGAAGCUAUUGAUUCACCGGUGUCCUUCCUAGCACUACACAAUCAGAUCAGAAAUAUGGAAAGUGUCCCCGAGUUACAAAAGCUGCAGCAGCUGAAGGACGAGACAGGAGAAUUGUCCUCCACUGACGAGAAAAGAUACAGGUCUCUCAAGAAGCAGUGUGAAAAGGAGCUGUUACAGCAUGCGGACGUGAUCUGUUGUACAUGUGUGGGAACUGGAGACCCCAGGCUGGCAAAGAUGCAGUUUAGAUCAGUGCUGAUUGACGAGAGCACACAAGCCACCGAGCCCGAGUGCAUGAUCCCUGUAGUGCUCGGGUGUAGACAGUUGAUUCUAGUGGGUGACCAUUGCCAGCUGGGACCAGUGGUGAUGUGUAAGAAGGCAGCCCGUGCUGGUCUGUCGCAGUCCCUGUUUGAACGGUUGGUGGUGUUGGGUAUCAGACCCAUUCGUCUACAGGUCCAGUACAGAAUGCACCCUGCUCUUAGUGCUUUUCCAUCCAACAUCUUCUAUGAAGGGUCUUUACAAAAUGGAGUUGCUCCAGGAGACCGCACAAGGAAAGGACUUGACAUUCCUUGGCCUCAAGGUGACAAGCCUAUGUUUUUCUACACAACAUCUGGACAAGAGGAAAUUUCAAGUUCUGGAACUUCUUACUUGAAUAGGACUGAGGCUGCGAAUGUUGAAAAGAUUGCAACAAGGUUUUUGAGAUCCAAUGUCAAGCCAGAGCAAAUUGGCAUCAUCACACCAUACGAAGGACAGAGGGCUUACAUUGUACAAUACAUGCAGUACAGUGGAUCUCUGAACAAGAAAUUGUAUCAGGAGAUUGAGGUUGCUAGCGUGGAUGCCUUCCAAGGAAGAGAGAAAGAUUUCAUUAUUUUGUCCUGCGUCCGUUCCAACGAACAUCAAGGAAUUGGCUUUCUGAAUGACCCUAGACGUCUUAAUGUGGCUUUAACUCGAGCAAGGUAUGGAAUAAUAAUUGUUGGAAAUCCCAAGGUUCUAUCAAAGCAACCCCUGUGGAACCACCUGUUAACUUACUACAAGGAGCAGAAAUGCUUAGUGGAGGGCCCACUGAACAAUUUGAAGGAAAGCAUGAUUCAGUUCAGUAAGCCGCGCAAACUGGUCAACACAUCCAACCCUGGAGGGCGAUUUAUGAGCAACAUCAUGUUUGAUGCCAGGGAGGUGAUGAUCCCGGGGAGUGUGUAUGACAGAAAUCGAGGUUACAAUGAGCCUGUGGUUCGCACACAUGAUCAGCUGAGUUACAUUGGUCCGGAGAGACAUUACACUGGUCCUGCCUUGAACAUCCCAGUCCCAGUCAAUAUGUUUAUGCCACCCAUGCCACAGCCAUUCAAUGGACAGCAAAUGCCAAUGGGUAACAGAAGCGCUCCAGCUAACAGGGGGAGUGGGCGUCGCCGGGGACAGAAGCCUCCUCGCUACAGUAACACGCAGUCGCAGCAGAGUAACUCACAGUACAGUCAGGGCAACAGUCAGAGCCAGGCUAGUCAGGAUGUAUCCCAGCCAUUCUCCCAGGGACCGCUGACACAGGGCCCCAUGUCAAUGAGUCAGCCCUUCCAGAUGAGCCAGCCGGGAUUGUCUGGUCUCUCCCAGCCAGAACUCUCUCAGGACAGUUUCUUGGCAGAUGACUUCAAAUCUCAAGCAGAUGGCAUGCUGUCCCAAGACUCCACCUACCAGGGUGACCGCAUGUUCUAUGCAUCACAGUUGUCACAGGGUCCAUUUAAUUAGGAUACCAAAAUCGCCAUACUCUUUUAUGGCAGAGUUUAUUCUUAACUGAAAAUAACAAUGAUGCAAAAUGUAUUGAGAACUUGAAACUGACAUGUAGCAGUGUCUUAAGAAUAUGAGGAACUGCCUGCCUUACUGCAAUAAGUCCACCCACACUGAGUCACCAAGCAGCACCCCACCGUCUCUGUCUGGUGCUGAACACUUGUUCAAAGCAAGUGCUCGAACCACUAACAGCCCAAACAGGUGUGCAGGUUCCAGUCUGAAGCAGGUCACACAAGCUUAGACAGGUAUACUCAAACAAGGGUGACCUAGCAGUAUGGGGCUAGGCCAGGAGAUCCAUCUGACAAGACACUGCCGGCUAGAUUGUGUUUACAGUGAUGAAAUGUUAGAGUUGGCAUGUAACUACAUCUAUAGAUUGAGAUGAUUCUGUUAUAGUCUGAUACAGCCAUGUUUCCACUCUCAAGACAGCCAUCUCACCAAAUUGAUUGUCAAUUUUUCCGUAAUUUUUGUAACUGCCAUCAUUAUUUGUUAUUGUAUCUAUAUUCAGUUUCUGUGUUUGUUUGGGUUUUUAACCAUCUAGUAGUAAAACUUGCUUCGUAAUUGGACUUUGGUGGAGUGAAAUGGAUCAAUGAUACAGUUACUCAUAAAUAGUAGUAUCUUUGUGAUUUGCCAUCGAUUGCACAAGACUUUUUUUUUUUUGGUCUAAAAACGAAUUGAAAUGAUUGAUAGGUCAGGACUUCAGAGAAAACAAUGGACAAGCAUUUGGAGUUAGAUAGACAAGCUUUAUUGUGUAUCCCCUUUUAGUUUUACGUAAAAAUUCUUUCGUCUGUAAUCAAUUGUAAUUAGAUGCUUUACAUGUAUACAUUAUUAAUUGUGCGUAUUGAUUAUAAUUAGAGCUAUGUGUCGCUCUGUCUACAAAUAUAAAAGGGAUAUCAAAUCAAUGGACUACCAUCGAGGCGCUUCAAUUGAAAUAGGCUUUGGUAUUGUAAUGGUAACUGUUUGUGGGUUUUUUCUCCUCAUAACUUUAAAUAGAUUAUUUAGGCAGAAGUGUUUCCAUUUGGGUUUGCUCUGAAAUUGAAUUAAUUUUAAAUUAUAACAAAUUGAGGUUCUGUGUGUAAUAAAGCAUUACUCUGCAA